ACUGAAGACUUAUUUCGUUCAGUUAAACUCGAAGUCUCUAACUAAGAACGCUCGAAUCUAAGCAAUUGUGAAGUUAGCGAAACACGUGAAGUUACUCGUGCGAUUUCAGCAGCGUAAACUUGGCGCAAGUGUUGUAUCCUUUCUGCAGAACCUCUGGGGGUAAGAGGGUGACAGUCAAGCCGUCACACAGGGACCCGCGAACCUGCCUACUGCCCUGCGCUCAGUUCGCGCUCGUCCGUCGCUCGUAUUGAUCGUCUGGACAAAGGAACUGACCACCGGUCUCCGAGAUCUCGCAAGAAACUACUCGACACCAGUCCGCCGACCAGCACGCUACGGCCUGGCCGAUUUAUCGGAAGUGAAGUUCGUGUUGUUGUGUGAACCCGCGAAAAAUACGCGCCUGCGUCUCUACGGCGCCCCGCAAGCUCGAUUGGAAUACUCGAAACGCAAGUUUGUGUUUGUUUCCAUCAACUUUUACUCUGACCAGUUGAGAUUUUUUUUCUUUCUGCGCACAUCGUUCCUGUUUGCUAUUGGUCGACUGUCACAUUGCCGUUACAAUCGACACGUGGUGAGAUACCAACGACAACCAGACAAGUUUGUAUAUUUAUGUUCAGUGCGUUUCCCGAUAAGGACAAUUAUUAACGAUGCCUCCUACCAAAGGAACCAGCAAACGUGCCACACGGGCCAAAAUGCCGUGGGAAAAGAUGAAGGCCAUAACGCGCGUUAGAGCCGGCGAGAGUAAAGCUGCAGUUGCCAGAUCCAUCGACGUGCCGGAAUCGACCCUUCGAGGAUGGUGCAAAAAUGCCGAAAAAAUCGAAUCGACUACCAGACAAACUUCUACCAGUCCCCCCACAUCAGGUGAUUCGACCGGACCUAGCGAAGGAGGUAAGAAGGCGACUUUGGAUGGUAACGCUUCGCCUCAAAAUGUGAGUGGCCUUCCUCCACCGCCGCCAGAAGAACACUUCAACUAUGAAGGCAUCAUAGAUCUGUCCCUGCCUUCUCCGCAAGCUUCAUCUUCUGCAAGAGUUGAAAGUAGGAUGUUGCAACAAGCUCAAGAUUUUACUGCCAUGUGUCAAGCCGCCCAUUUGAAUCAGGUGGUUCAGGCUCUCAGACAGGCCCAAGAUUUGAGCUUGAAUUUGGCCACUACUGCAAGCGGUGCCGCGACUUUGCCCAAUUCUCGUAUGCAUCCCAAUGAAUCAGUGAGACAGUGGUUGAAUAUGCCUUCGCAGAUAUCGCCCAUCAGUUCUGGUGCUACCCUUUCGACCCCGCAGCAUAACGGCCAACAUACAACAUCCCCGAUCGCUGGAAAUACUCCGGACCAGCCACAUAUGUACUUGGAAUGGUGCAGGGCCCUGAUGAUGUCCCGACUUGGAGGCAUGCCGAUGCCGCCAACCUAUGUCCCUGCUGGUAUGCCCAGUCUUUAUCACCAAGUAUUACCGAACAACAGUGCCACCGAGUCUUAUCCCGCAACCCCUCGUCAGCCGAUUGGCGCCCAAAUGUCUCCAAAUCAACCCCGCGAAGAGAUCGAGGUGCCAGAGAUGAACUGCGGUUCUUCGAUGUCUCCUGAAGCUAUGCAAGAGUAUCAAUCGUUGGCUGUCGAUCUGAGAUCUCCCCAGGCUAGAAGUCGCAGAUUGCAAAGUGCCAUACGCGAAGCUAGUGAUCAAUUAGCGAAUACGACCGAUCAGGCUCCGAUUGCCGAUCAAUCGUCAAGUAUGCCGUUGCAGAGUGAAAACUCGACGAACGAAACUGCCGACAUAAAACCGCCAGUGCGAAAGAGAAAAUGUGCCUCUUUGGAAAACAUCGUUUCCGAAUUGAGAGAAAGUGCCGAAGAGGGAGCUGUUGUGAAGUGUGAACAAGACCAAGGAGCUCCAGAUCUCCAAGAAUGCAUUGCUAUUGGCGAAAAUUUCCUGAGUGCGUUGCAGAAAAAUUUACAUCAUCCCAGUAUAACUGCUUUCCACGUAAAACAAGUGAAAUCCUUCAUUAACAACUAUACAGCAGCUCUCGGAAUAUCCCCCCAGAAAAAAAGGAAGCUAGAGUGAGUAAACACCUAUGUGAGUGAAUGUAACAUUUUUUGUAAAUAUGUAUAUACCUAUGUACAAAAUGAAGGCUGUUUGAAACCAAAUUUCAAUGUUAAUUCAUAAAUGAAUAGUUUAUGUAGAGAUUUUAAAAUGAUGUAUGUUUCAAAUUACAAUAAAUUGAAUAUUUUGUAUUUAUAGCUUAGUUAUACAUGUAAAAAUUUUUGUAAAUAUUGUGUGUUACCAUAUUAUUUCAAUUAUUGACUUGAAACAUCUAAAAGUCAUUUUAUUUAUAAUAAACCUUGCAUUUGUGAUAUUGUAGAUAUUAGUAUGACGUUUUAAUUUGCUCAUAUCUCUAGUCAUUUGUCAUUUUAAUUCAAUAUAAGCUUGUCAUUUGGUGCCAAAUACCUUAUACUUAUAUAAUUUUCAGCUCAAUUAGUUUUGUAAUAAGAUCUCAUCUAUGACAGCUUCCUACUUUUUUAUUUACUGAAUUAUGAUUGAAUAUGAUGUAAAUUGAAGAUUUUAUACAGGGUUAUAUAGAUCAUGUAAAUUAUUUUUAUACAAGAAAAAUAAA